AUGGACACUGUAGCAUUUAAAGAUGGUGAGACAUCCGAAUUCCUACAGUCAUCAGAAUCUGCAAAGGGAAAAGAGAACACUUCGAGGACAAUUUUGGUCCUGAAAAUUGUUUGCGCUCUACUUGCUCUGCUGUCGCUAGCCCUGAUUAUCGCAUUAAUUGUGGUGUUGACUGUUGACAAAACGGAAUCCUCGCCAAAAGAUGCACCGCCAUACACGAGAAUUAAAGACUGUCCACAGUCAACAAAGUUAGAGAUAUCUUCUCCGGCACGCUCGGCAGGUGUGUACGACGAUUUAUCGAAGGAAGAAAUCAUCGCUGUGCGAGAUUAUAUCCUCAGCCAACCUUCGCUGAAUGUGACGCCCUAUCAAAAGGCUGCCAUUAACGACAACUACAUUUACUUGAUCGAGCUACAGCAACCGGCCAAAGAUGAGGCGAUUGAUUAUCUCGACAGUGAAAACGCUCCUAAGCCUGAACGCAAAGCACGUGUUAUCAUCUUCAAUGGAGGUAAAAGUAAUCCCGAUGUGAGAGAAUAUAUAGUCAGUCCUGCAGGAAAACCAUCUUAUCACAAUGAAACAAGAGGCCCCGGGCAAAAAUAUCCGAUUCCAUUUGAUUACCGGCCAACAAACAGUAAAGAGAGCGCAGUGCUGGAUAAGAUAGUUCUCAAUGUGACAACUCAAGUGCGUGACCUGUUGUUUGAGAGCUAUGAUGGUUACACCUACGGUGGGUGUACAGAUCGCUGCCUUACUCUCUCUUAUUCCGCACCAGGGGAAUUUGGUGAUCGCAAGUCAUGGGUUUGGCUCUCGAGAGAUUUUCUGGGUUACUACCUGCAUCCUGUGGGAUUUGAGUUUUAUGUCAACAUCAAAGGGAGUGAUGCAUCGUUAUUUAAAGUGGAAAAGGUAUUUUACUUCAACACUUCCUUUCAAAGUGUGGAGGAGUUAAUGAGCGCCUACAACAAUGGUUCUCUUCAUAAAACAUUCCUUCCAGCACCUUCUUCAUCCGAUGAUUCACCUCUGUAUUCCACUUUUCUCCGCCGCGGCAAACCCCAGCCUCCAAAACCGCUGCGCCCACCUCAAUUGGUUGAGCCCGAUGGCAAGCGCUACGUGGUCAGCGGACGUCACGUGGAGUACAUGAAAUGGAGUUUUGACUUCCGCUCUCGCAGCUCUACCGGUUUACAGCUGUUUGAUCUCAGAUUCGAUGGAGAACGAAUCGUGUACGAACUCAGUUUACAGGAAGCUGCAGCAUUUUACUCAGGGUGGAGUCCGAUGCAAAUGGGCACAGACUACUUGGAUACGAGUUGGGGCAUGGGGUUCAGUAAAUUUGAACUUGUCCAAGGUGUGGACUGCCCCAGUACCGCCACCUUCUUUGAUACCUUACAUUUUGUUGACGCAGAAGCUCCCGCCAAGUAUAGAAACUCGAUAUGUUUGUUUGAGAUGAAUCUCGGACUUCCACUGCGCAGGCAUUUUGACAACAAUUUCGACGGAGGAUUCAGUUUCUAUGGAGGCAUGCCUGGUACCGCGUUAGUUCUGCGAUCAGUCUCAACAGCGUACAACUAUGAUUACAUUUACGAUUACUUGUUCUACCCAAAUGGCGUAUUGGAGGUAAGGGUGUCGACCUCUGGGUAUGUACAGGCGACCUUCUGGACAUCAAACGAGUCUCCUUAUGGCAAUCAAAUCCAUCCAUUCGUAGCAGGCACAAUUCACGAUCACUUGCUGAACUAUAAAGUGGAUUUGGAUAUAGGAGGACGAAAAAAUUCUUAUGAAACGGUUGACAUCGAGGUUGAAAACAUUACAAGCCCUUGGUUUCCUGGAGUCCGAAGAGUGCAAAAGGUGCUAAGAAGAAGCUUGAAGAAAACUGAGCAGGAAGCUAUUUAUCAUAAAAACUUUGACCACCCAAAAUACCUGAAUUUCUUUAGCGAGGAAAACGUGAACAAGAUGGGCGUGAAUCGAGGAUAUCGCAUCCACAUACGGGACAUGAUGAAGCAGAUGUAUCCAAACGACUGGCAACUAGUGAGAGGGGCCGAAUGGUCGAAAAACCAGAUGACGGUCACAAAGUACAAGGAACAUGAAAAAACAAGCUCCUCAGUUUACUCACAAUUUGGGAUGUAUGACCCAGUGGUUGAUUUUGCACGAUACACAGCAGAUAACGAAAGCAUCGUGAACGAAGACCUGGUUGCCUGGGUAACAGUGGGCAUGAUGCACGUGCCUCAUUCAGAAGAUAUUCCGAACACUGCGACCGCUGCCAACUCGGCCAGCUUUUUCUUGCGCCCGUACAACUAUUUA